AUCCGCGUCCAUGCAACUUAGAGUAAAAUUCAGUGCAAAAUAUAUAAAAGGAAUAUAAUCUCGCAAAAAUAAAACAGAAUAUAUAAUCAUGCCACCUAGUGUACAAAUUACAAAUAUUUUAGCUUAUAUACACAUGCUUAAAUACAAUUUAGUACCAUAGAUAUAAAUUAAAGGACAUGAUCUUGGAAAAAUAUAGAUUCACAUUUUUUUCUUAAAUUUCAUAUUUUAUUCCACAUAUGUUUACUGUCUUUCAUUUUAACAUUAAGGGAUAUUAGAUAUGUUGAUAUUUUACCAAUUAAGCUAUACACUUAUGUUUGCUAUAAAAAUGCAACCUCCUUACACUCAUUGUUACAAGUUAAAUCCAAUAUCAAUAGCUCUGUAUUGUUCUCUCUAAAUUCUGAUUCUUUUGCUUGACUAGUAACUAAGAAAAGAUGAAGAAUUUUAUGCAGUUAAUCUCUUCACUUUUCUUCUUAGUCAUACUUCUUGCCGCUCCAGGUAUGAAGAUGGUUCAAGGACAACAAAUAUGCGAAGCAAGAAGCAUAAAUUUUAGGGGAAUGUGUAUGAAGUGGAGGAAUUGCCAGCGAGUAUGUAUGAGCGAAGGUUUCCCUGAUGGUCGAUGCGCAGGAUUCAUUCGCAGAUGCAUUUGCAGGAAGCCUUGUCCUAUUCUUUCUUAAACUUAAAUCCAUCAAUCAUUAUAUAUUAAUAAUCUAUUUAAGGCAAAGGCUAGCCAAGAAAAUAAUCUCUAUUUGUUAAAGUGAAUAAAAGA